UGAAGCAGUCCGAAGAGGUUGUCUAUCGGGAAGUGAUGAAGACACUUUAUGCUUGGAUCGUUGCCGCACUGGCGUUGAUUUGCGCUAGUUCGGGUGAAGCUUAUCUCUGCAUGUGUUCGCCGAACAGUUGCGUGUUGAUUCACCCCAAUACGGAUUUUUUCGAGAAUGCCGAAGCUUUUUGUUCGACCUUCCGAACGGCGGCUCAUGAUAUCUCCAUAAUUAAGCUAAUGGAUACCAAGUUGGCAUCGGAAGCCUUCACAAAGUUCCCGAAUAUGACAUCUCUGGAGAUUUUUCAAGGCCAACUGGCCAAAUUCAAUUCUGAUACGUUUAGUGGUGCUGGGAAAUUGACAAAGCUGGUGAUAAGGGGAAACAGUUUAACUAGCCUGGAGGCUUACACCUUCAAAGGAGCUGACAGUAUGAAGGAUCUAAUGAUUUCUGCUAACCCACUGAGCACGAUUUCCGAAGACGCAUUUGCUAAUCUGCACCAGUUAGAAAUUUUGAUCUUGGCUCAUGGAGAGAUCACUUCUUUGCCAAGCAAACUGUUCCAGAACAAUCGUAUGCUGAAGGUGAUUUCUUUGAAUAGCAACAAGAUAGCAUCGAUCGAGGCAGAUGUUUUCAAUGGACUGGAUGAACUUGUCAAGUUGGAACUGGCCGACAAUCAAUUAGCUUCGUUCGAUUUCAAGUUAUUAAAGGCUACUGUUUUAGUGUUGAACAAUAACAGUUUGGAGCAUUUGGUUAUCAACGAACAUUGCAGUACAGUGUAUGCCAACAACAAUAAUAUCCGGACGAUCAGUGUUGAUGGAACUAAUGUUCUCAAGUUAUCGCUCAUUAACAAUCGCAUCAAUGAUAUCAGUAAUCUUACAAAGUUGACGAACUUGACCAGCUUGUCCUUGGGAAGUAAUAAACUGAAACCGGACACGGUGUUCAGUUCGCUGAACUCUCUGGAGGAAUUAAUGUUACAAUCUACUUUGGUUAACCUAACUCCGGACACUUUCGCGAACCUGGCUAACUUAAAGAUAUUGGAUUUGUCCUACAAUAACAUGACCGAGGUUGAUUUUAAAAUAUUCGGUUCUCAAAAUUCUCUUCAAAUUCUAAGUUACGUCGGAAAUCAGAUAAAAAGUUUCAAUUAUCUGGAGGCUAGAGAGUAUCUACCACGUUUGAGAGUACUAGAGAUCUGUAAAAAUGGAUGGAACAGCUCUUAUUUCGAGAGUAACGUGGCGAGGAUGAAAAAGUUCCAAAUUAGUCCGGACAUGCAUGGGUUUGCAACGCACUUCCUGUUCCGUGACGACUACAUCAAUAUGUGCUCGGAGAAACUGUUUAACGACUACAACUACGACGACUAUCCGGAGCCUUUGGUCGAUACGGACGUGGAAGAUGAGAUCAAAGAAUCAUAUUCUACGACAACUACAGUUACUCCAAGAACUACUGCGGUCACCCCGACAACAACGACUGAAAUGUCAACGAGUGUAGUAUCAUCUUCUACGGAGCAACCGGUUGAUGACUCGAACCAUUCUUCACAGCGCCAUCACAUUAUCGAGUACAACACGAACACGGUCGCUUCAGUUCCGACAACUGGAGCUGCCGAACCGGUGAAAGCGGGAUCCCCAUUUUUAGUGACAUUCCAAGUGUUGGUUUACAUUCUGUCCAUCGUAGGGUUAGUUUCGUUGUGUGCCGCCGUGGGUUAUUUGUGGAGAAAACGGAAGCUUGAUUUGCAAAGACUGACGUCUGAAAAUGCCGAGACGGCUGAUGCUGUGCGAUUGAUUUGAGUGGAGGUUUUCAGAAAAAAAAACCUAUUUAUUAUCGCAUCGCGAUUGGUGAUACACCACGGACUGACGGAAAGUGAAUUUAUAGCAUGUUUAUGUUUCUUCAAAUAGCGUGUUUGUGUAGUUCUUAGAAUUUGGAAACCAAUAAAUGUAGUGAUAGCUGAAAGUAAGCAACGAAGUUGGAGUAACAGUAACUUCCAAUAAAUAUUCAAACACCA